GCCUGUAUCGCUUACGUUUGACAGGCAGGUGACGUAUACCCCUGUUGGUAAAACAAGGGAUAUGUUUUCACGGGAGGCCGGCCUGUAUAUGUGGCGGUCCAUCCCCCUCGAUAAAAUUGGAUGGGAUAACGUUGAACAACAUUACAAGGAUGCCCUCAUGAACCACUUACGGGAAAAUUUCAAUUUUGAUGAAGUGGAACGUGAUAUAGAGGCCAAAAACUUGACGGGUGGCAUUAGGGCUGUGCUUAUGAAGCGGUACUCUGACCGCAAGUACGAGGCUAAAAAAUUAUUUAAGAGCAAGGGAGGUUACAAUGAUCUUGAGAGUGCAAGGGCAUUCCAUCCCAAGGAUAUGCCCUAUGAUAACUGGUUGAGAACCAUUGAAGGUUUCCGGGAAGCUAAAUAUAUUAAAAGAAGCGAGGCCAACACACUAGUACACGAGAAACAACAAUUCCCAUACCGUGGGGGGACAUCUUCGUACGGUAGCACCGCCUAUAAAAAUGAUAUGGAUUGGGUACCUACGUAUGCUAAAACCCACACGGACAAUCAAGGGAAUUGGGUUGAUCCGGUUGCUGAACAAAAUUACCGGAACAUACAACAGGCCACAAGUCAAUGGAGCGGUGAGGGUCCGCCAAUUGCCCCGUAUCAGGAAGCGUUGGGUGAGCGGCGAGGAUGGUACCGCGGGAUGGGGCCUAAACCUUCUUCCAACACGUCCUCGCACUCGUCAUCUAACAUGUCGUCUUCGCAAGCUCGGAUGCAAGAACCCUUUUCCGAGGAUUUUGUUAACAGCUUGUUCCAAACCCCGUCAUUUUUGAACCAACUUAACAACUAUCUUGCUUCACAAGGAAAAGGAAAGUCAAAAGACUACGAUUCUGACAACUUAUUCGAUAAUGAAUCCGACGAUGAACCCAACGAUGAACCCAACGAUAACGAUGACCAUGAGUGACUUGUUUUUAAUGUAUGCUUUGGAU